GCGCACAUCUGUACGCCCACCUUUCACAUGUGUUUACUCUUCAUGAAGCAGAUAUGUGCGCACUUCCUGAACGGAUGGUUUUUGGGGGGCGAGAAGAGGGGGUUGCUUUCGGUAGGCAACUUCUCUAAAUUUCGUGUGAGCGCUUCAUCAUUGAAGACUUGCGGGAGCUCAAGCUGAACAGAGUGAGGUUGUGUUCCUGUUUAAGAAGAGGCGGUAUUUGACCGACAUGCAGCGUUCGUGGGUGGGGUGUGAUAAAAGUUAUUUUCCAGCAUUUUGAAUGGAGCACCAGCCUAUAAUGAAUAAUCAGAACCGCACUUAUGGAGUGGCCAAUCCCGGUUAUGUCCCAGCAGCAGAGGGGGCACCUGCAAUGUUCGCCCCACCCGCAGCUGAUUCCCAGGGCCCCAGCGCUCCUCCGGCCAGCAUGUUUGACAGCAUGCCUGGCUAUGAAGGAACAGUGGCAGGAGGAGGAGGUGGAUUUCUUCCUCCUCCCAUGCCUGCUUACCCAGUUCCUCAGCCUGCACCUGGACCAGAGCAACCACAUUGGAAUAUCCCAUCUAUAAGUGAAGAUACAGCCCGGGAGGCGUUUGCUCUGUUUGCCUCCAGCAAGUGCUGCUACAGCUCGGCACCGGCAAAGGAUGGUGUGAUCACCAGCAUGGAGGCAUUCAAUACCUACAGGUACCGCCUGGAAACCUUCACUGAAUCAAGAUCUACGGAGUGGAGUCACAAGCCAUACACUGGCCAGCCAGUGGAUGGCUUUGCCCAGCCACCUCCAGGGCCUUGGGAUAUUCCUGCUAAAGCCCCCAGCUUUUUCAUGGACGGCAAACAGAUAAUCAAGGUUCCCUACACAUCAUCUGUAAAGAGCUGUCACGUUUGUAUGGGAAUGGGGAGAAAACCUUGCAAAGACUGUGCCGGUGCUGGCAAUAAAGUUUGUUGGGUCUGCAAUGGGUCUGGUUACCGCCACGGAGAUGAUCGAUGCCACCACUGCAAUGGCAGAGGGAGGGAAAAUUGCAACCACUGUCACGGACAAGGAUCGAAGCAAUGUGGCACAUGUCAAGGAAAACAACAGCUUCUGGUCUACAUCAACCUCACUGUGAAAUGGACCAACAACAGUGAUAACUACGUUGUGGAACAGUCAAGUGGACUGCAGGUGGACAACCUCAGCAAGGUGUCUGGCAAAGAGCUUUUCAGAGAUUCUCAGUACAUGGUGUACCCAGUGAUGGGCUUCCCUGACCCUACAGUGGUGAAUGCCUCACAGCGCCUGGUCAGUGAACACCAGGGCAAGUACUCCCAGACAUCACGCAUUCUACAACAGCGUCAAACCAUUGAGCUGAUCCCCGUCACCAAGGUGACCUACUCAUGGAAAGGGAAAUCACACCUUUACUUUGUUUAUGGGAAUGAGUUUAAAGUUAGUGCAGAUAACUAUCCUGCUACCUGCUGCUGCACUGUAAUGUAAUUUCAAUGGUUGUGUAUGAAGGAUUUUCCUCAGCCAGAUCAUUGGAUAUCUAAACAAGUCAGUUUUACUCACAAGUUAGUUCUACUGAUGCGGAGCUCUCUGACAGUGGCCAGUUUUGACUUGUUAAAGUUUGAUGCUCUGUAGAGUUAAACAGAGGCAUUUAACCAACAAGAUCCUCACCAGUCAGCAGAACUGAUCAAGCCUCCUGAACAAGCAAUCUUUAAGGCUGCACAGAAAGUCAGUUUACCUUUGACUAACUAGUACUGGUUAGAAAGUAAUUUUUAUUGUUGCCUGUCAUUUGUAUGCAUGAACCACAGAAAAGAAAUGCUUACGGAUACAAUAUAAAUCAUAACCAUACAAUAUUCUCUAUAUCAUAGCCGUUUUGCUCUUUUAUGGCAGCACAUAUUUUUUUAUAUCAUCAGUUAAAACCAGCUGAAAAUCAAUUUUUGCAGAAGUGGUACUUUUUAUAUACUAAUAUGUAUCUGAACCUAAUCCGUUUGCUCUCUCUGCAAGUGUUUUUUUUAAUGUAACUGUAAAUCUGUAACUGUGUAUGAUCUUGCAGGACAAAAAUUUGUAAUACUGCCUUUGUAUUAAUUCAGCCAUAUGAAUAAAUAUUUCGCAAUG